UCCACUCUUUCUGUUUAAACCACAACUCUCAGCAAAAAAAAAAAAAAAAAACAAAAAAAACUUCCAUCUCAUCUCCAGCACAUGCUUUUGUAAAAGGGAAAAACCUGUGAUGCUGGCAUGUCUUUCAGAGAGGAGACACAGAUGAGUCCAGACACAGAAAGUGCAGCACGCACUAGAAUGGAAGGUCAGUCUCGGUCGUCUCAGAAGUACCUGCUGCUCCAGGUGUGGUGCGGACUCCUGACCAUGUCCAUGGUGGUCAUGGCUGCAUUCGUCGCUUCGAUCAGAUCAAAAUCAGAGGAAACCAGCAUCUCUCCAGUGAAGCCAGAAAAUGUCACUCCACCAGUUAGCGCUCUCUUUUCACCAGAGAGAACUGCUGGAAUAUCCCCUUCAUAUAUUGAACUUGAAACAACUCUGAUUGAUUUUGAGUGGCAAGAACAUGUCACCUGUGAGUCCUGCUCCCUCUCCUUCCAUGACAACUGCAUCUACGUCAACAACGGCACUGCACGCUCUCUCUUCUUCAUCUACGCCCAGGUGGUCUUCAAAAAGCAUGACAAUCUUCGCCGGUCUGUGAAGUUGAUAAGAAACGGCUCUACUGGUAAAUCGGAGAAGGUUGAGGCUCAGGUCCUAAGGGCAGAAAGCAAGUUGGUUUGGAUGGGAAGGAUCAUCACUCUGACCGGAGGAGACAGUGUGACGUUGAACAUCAUAGGAGAAUAUCAGAACGAAGAAACGUUCUGGGGAGCUUUUCAGCUUCAUUAACGCUCCAAGUCCAGUUGGACUGGAACAUUUUAUGACCUGUCCAUUGAUUUAGUUUUUACAUCUUUUCUGUGGUCAACAUGGAACACUAACUCCAUCAGACAUGUUAUAAUGCAGAUGUUAGCCAUAAACCCUGAAGAAAAGGCCUUGUUUCUAAAUCUUUUUGGUUUAAUGAAGCUCAUCCUGAAGAUGGGACAACGUUUAGAUAAAUGUAAACUGUGAAUGGGCCAUAAAAUGUCCUUUUUCACUCCUAUUUUGUAACUUCUCUGUUUUUUUUACGUAAUUUAUGGAAUAAAAUGUGCUGUUGUACUUGUUUGGAAGAAAACAUUAAAGCUAAU